UGAUAGGCUUAGUACAUUAUAUUUAAUGUAACUAUUGACAUAUUUAUAAUUUAUACCUGCUUGUUUUCUUUUUCAUUCCUCUAUGUCUCAUUUCCUGUCUUUUUCAGCAUUAUUUCCAUCUUUUUGUAGUAUUUAAUCUGUUACUGCGUUCUGGACUAUAUCUUGUGACUAGUGUUUUUAGUGGUGGCUCUCAACCCACAUGAGUUCAGACUUUCCUGGUUCUAUGUACACAUGUACUCUAUCCUGGAUACUGUGUUUUGAAUAUUAUGUUUAAAAAAGUUCUGAGUCUGAUUUAGAUGCUGUGGAGGAAAUCGAUUUUCUUCUUGUUCUGGCAGGCUGUUGACCCGUUUGGGUUCAGGCCACAGGUUCUACCAACCUUCUGUGCAUUGCGAUGUGAGUGUCGGUUUUGAUAUUCAGAGUCUUGGCCCUGCCAUUUAGAUUUCUUCUGCAGUGCAGUGGCCAGCCUGAGACCUGGGCUGUGGUCUCCCUUCAGUUCUCAAAGUUUUUGUUAGAAUCAGAUCCAUGUGUGCAUCACUCAGGGAUGAAUGCAGAAGUUUAUAAAUAACUUUACUGGGACACUUUCUGAAGCUUCUCCUCUACCAUCUCCUUACCAGUUUUCUCAGCCUCCUUUUCAGUUAUUGAACCAGAAAAAUGAGAUUUUAUUUACCUUUCUCUGCUGUGUACUUCCCACAAAUUAACUUGCGUACAAGGCCAAGUUAAAGGGUACAGAGAGAAAAGAAACCAAGGGAGAAGUUUCACCGCAUCCUCUUGGGACCCCAGGUCCUUAUAUCCAGGGGAAGAUUUCCCUCUCUUAGUAUUCCAGGCACCUGUGAGCCUCCUUGGAUGCAAUCACACCUUUCUCCACAGUAGGAUUGUCAGGAUCUGGGGCAUGAGCAAGUGGAGAAAAAGAAAAAGUAUUGGUAAACUAUCCAACUCUUUCUGAGCUUUAGGAGUUCCCCUUCCUGCUGCUCAAGCCAGGAGCAGAGGGCUUGUCCUGGAGCUGUCUCUGCGCCUGGUGCCUCCUGCCGUGCUUUGGGCUGCCUUGAAAUACAUCAGGUUAGGGAUACCAGAGACAGAUCAGGAGCCUGAUUCCAGUUUAUGGUACUUCUAAUUCUGGCCUUCUUCUCCCAUUUGGUUUCCAGAGUCUUCAAAUAGCUGCCAAAUCAUUCUGUCUAGGUUAGUUAAUUGUAUUCAGUGGGAGAGAGAGGGUGAUGUAGGUUUACUAGAUCUUACCCAGAACUGGAACAUGUAACCUAUCAUUUUUUUUUCAAAACAUAUUUUAAAUAUAUUCAAAAUACAUUUCAAAUAUUUUUCAAAAUAUAUUUCAACAACCUUACAAAAUGGAAGUCGACAGGGAUCUCAGUAGAAGGGCCUAAUUUUCAUAUUAUAGGGGAUAGUAGGAGAGCUGGAUAAUUUGAAAGCAAUGUGACGGAGGUGGCAUAGGAGAGAGGGGGCAACAAGGAGACAGAAGGCAAUUUUCAGUGGUGUUUAGAAUAGUAGUCUGGCCUCUGAUGAGGGUGUUUUAAACCAUAGUUUCCCCAGUUUGUAAAACUGACCUUGAACAGGUUAAACUCUGAGCUUCUCUUUCCUUAUCUGUGUAAUGAAAACCAUAAUACCCACCUCACUCAAAAUAUACAAAGUUCCUGGCACCUCCUAGAUAAUUAGUAACUGAUAUCUAAAAUUGAAACCCGGUGAAACUGAGUGUUUUAAACAUAUUAUGCCAGUUUAUUAGGGGUCUUAAUCAGUACAUAACCUCACAAUUCUCUAUAGCUAACUGCUAAUUUAAAGAGUACUUUAAAUUUUCUCUAAAAAGUGUUAAAAUUUUUUACUUGAAAAGAAUCAUGUUUUCUGUUUGGCCUCAUUCCAGUUAGUUUUAAAUAGGAAUGUAAUGAUGAUUUCUGUUUGAGAAUUUAAAAACAUGACUGGUUUGCUUACUCUUUUCAGCACUGUGGCUUAGUAUUCUGGUGUAUUUCAAUAUGUAACAUAUAAAUAGUAUAUAAAUAUAGGUAAGUGUGCAAUAUAUAAAAUAUAGGUAAGUAGUAUGUUGUGUAUAAAUAGAUUAACAUUUUCAGUAGCUUCUACAUAGCAGGGUUGUAGAAGUCAUAUGUGGUCAAGAGAAUUUCAUUUUAUAAUUUAUACUGUGAGCAGAACAAUGUAAUAAUGUAGACUAGUGCAAAAGUGACAAAAAUGAGCAAAUUAGGGAAAAUAUCUCCAUGUGAGUCAACUAACAUUCAAAAAAGCCUUCACAUAAAGAAAUUUAGUUUGGGGCACCUGGGUGGCUCAGUCAGUUAAGCGUCUGACUUUGGCUCAGGUCAUGAUCUCACAGCUCAAAUUUGAGCCCCACAUCGGGCUCUGUGCUGACAGUUCAGAGCCUGCCUUGGAUUCUGUGUUUCCCUCUCUCUGUCCCUCCCCUGCUUGUGCUUGCUUUCUCUCUCUCUUUCUCUCUCUCUCUCUCUCUCUCAAGUAAAUAUUUAAAAAGAAUUUUUAAAAAAAGGAAAUUUAAUUCUAAAUUUAUUUAGAAUAUACAACACCUUUUUUUUUUUUUUUAAUGCAGGGAAACUGAUGCCUGUAAAAUGCAUAAAUCCUGUGCUCUGUCAUGAUCCAGAAUGUGACUAAUUGGAAUUCUUCAAAAUGUCAGGUGUGAUCCCCACAGCCCCUGAACAACCUGCAGAUGAGAAGGACAAUCAGAUAAAGUCUCCUGAUCAAAGGCCUGAUGCACCUCCUGACUAUAAUUCCCAUUUUGUACCAGGACCCCCUGGACCAGCUGUCCCUGCACCUGCAGGCUACGCAGGAGGCUUGCCUAUGGGAUACAACAGUCCACAGCAGCCCGGUACCUUCUUCUCAUACCAGCCAGCUGGUGGUGCCCAUCCUAUCCAGUACCAGCCUGGCAAAUACCAUAUGUCAAAUCAGCCUGUUUCAGUAACAUGGAUGCCAGGGCCUCCUCCUAUACCAAACUGUCCUCCUGGUCUGGAAUACUUAACCCAGCUGGACACCAUUCACGUCCUUCAGCAUUUUGAGCCUCUGGAAAUGAUCACAUCUUUUGAAACUAAUAAUGGAUAUGAUAUUAAAAACAACCUGGACCAGAUGGUUUACAUUGUAAAUGAAGACACAGACGACUUUACCAGAAAUGCUUAUCGGACACUAAGGCCCUUUGUCCUCCGGGUCACUGACUGUAUGGGCCGAGAAAUCAUGACCAUGCAGAGGCCUUUCAGAUGCACCUGCUGUUGCUUCUGUUGUCCCUCCACCAGGCAAGAGCUGGAGGUGCAGUGUCCUCCUGGUGUCACCAUUGGCUUUGUUGCAGAACACUGGAACCUGUGCAGGGCAGUUUACAGCAUCCAGAAUGAGAAGAAAGAAAAUGUGAUGCGAGUACGUGGGCCAUGUUCAACCUACGGCUGUGGUUCAGAUUCUGUUUUUGAGGUCAAAUCCCUUGAUGGUGUAUCUAACAUCGGCAGUAUUAUUAGGAAGUGGAACGGUCUGUUAUCAGCAAUGGGGGAUGCUGACCAGUUUGAAAUUCACUUCCCAUUAGAUAUGGAUGUGAAGAUGAAAGCCAUGAUUUUUGGAGCCUGCUUCCUCAUUGACUUCAUGUAUUUUGAAAGAUCACCACGACGUUCAUCAAGAUAGAUGGACACAGCAAAUCAACAAUUAUGGUUAAUUAAAAAAAGAGAAGUUGGAUUGGGCUUAUAAUCCCCUGAAUUAUUUGCAAAUAUAUGUAUCUGCUUUUGCAGAUUAUUUUUACUGGGUAUUAGCUCUGACAGGUAGGCUGAGUGUAAGGGCAAGAACACGUGUUUUAAUUGAUUGAACCAUGUGUUUUAAUUGAUUGUCUCUCUGUCUACAUGGUAGACUAGGAGUUCACCUUGAAAAAGCUAUAACUCAUUAACCAAGUAAACAUAAUACAAUGAGCUUGAAAACACUUUACUUACCCUGAGAUAAGGGAAAAUGAAUCCCAGGGCUCUCACAUUAAUGGGUCAUGAAAUGGCAAGCUUUUUAGAGCAGUCUUUGAGAUAGAAUAAAACAGCUUUUAUCCCCAACCCUCUCCAACCUGUCCUCUCCAUCAACUUGUCCUGUUACUGAAGAUAAAUUUGAUUCUAAGUGAAAAGAAUAAUACUCUUGACCUUUAAAACAAAAAGGAAGGUAGGCAGAAAUACUGUGUGUUAUUGUACAAGGAAAAAUUUACUUGUGCAUAUGUAUCAAACCUUGUUCUGAAAGUUUAUAAGUUUCAAUGGAAAAUUUGAUUUUAUUACCAAACAAAACAUUUUUUUAAAAAUCGUAAGGUUCUAUUUUCCAUACCUAUUCCCUCAUUCACUAGCGUGGUCUAUCAGGGCCUGCCUGGACAUGGAGUCAGGGUCAUCCUAUUAGGAAAAGAGGUGACAAGGGCCACAGCUUGUCUAGAUCUCUGAGCAACUCAGAGACAUCAGUGUCCUUAUGAGGAGCUUGCGUUUAAUCUAUUUAAUCUCUCUUGGCCACAGAUGCCUUACAUAUGAAAUAUUUUGGCCAAAUCUCAAAGAUUGCCUAUUGAACUUUCGUAUCUCAUGGGGUGUGACACAGAGGAGAUAGUUUUUAUUUUUCUUUCUUUCAGGAUCACUGAUAAUCACCAUGUUUUUCUAACUGCAGGAGUUGAAGUUGGGUUUCUAAAUUUUGAAAUGUGGCAUUCUGUGUAGCACUUUGUAAAAGCAAAACUACGAAUUUUGACGUUUUUAAAUAUUUCUUAGCUGCUUUUUAUUUAGAUGAUAGAUAAAUCUGCCUGUGCAAAGAAGAUAAUAAAACUUCUCUGUGAACUAGAGCUUAACAGUAAAAUUCUGUAGGAUCGACAUGGUUCCAGUAUAAGCGUACUUGUUAUUAGCUAGUUAAGAGCACAGUGUAUUGGUGAAUAGUUGCUGAUGAAUCAACCUGUGUCUUUUGUACUCUACCUUCCUAUCUGGACAUGGACUGUGUUUUUUCAACACAGCCAGUAUGUAGAAUGAAAUGUAUUCUUCUCCUUGUUAAAUAAAGCAACUCUAAGUGUUCUCUGAUGGGAUUACUCGGAGAUGACAGCCUUUGCCCACAAUUCCUGUUGAAGUCAAAGAAAGGUGCUUCAUUUUACAAUUAUAUUUAUCUCUUCAUGGUAAAGUUGUUUUAUUCAGCUUCUUGUAAUUUCUAUAUUUAGGUGCUACUGCUAGCUUUUUUUUUAAAU